AUUGCUGCACGUGGGCAUUCUCUAGUUGCAGCGAGCGGGGGCUACUCUUCGUUGCGGUGCGUGGGCUUCUCAUUGCGGUGGCUUCCCUUGUUGUGGAGCACGGGGUCUAGGCACGCAGGCUUCAGUAGUUGUGGCACGUGGGCUCAGUAGUUGUGGCUUGCAGGCUCUAGAGCGCAGGAUCAGUAGUUGUGGUGCACGGGCUUAGUUGCUCUGUGGCAUGUGGGAUCUUCCUGGACCAGGGCUCAAAGCCACGUCCCUUGCAUUGGCAGGUGGAUUCUUAACCACUGCACCACCAGGGAAGUCUCCUUCAACUCCUCUGACAGUCACCCCACUUCAACUUCACGAAAUAAAGGAAUACCCCCACCACAGUCAGAAUCUUAGGCUUUUUGGCCAGAGGAAUAAAGUCGUCUGGGGUAAAAAUGGGAUACUCGGCAAUGCUGUGGGCAUUGGGCUAAGGUCCUGACUCCCCAGGAGCAAAAGAAUCAGUAGAAGGAGGAAGAAGUUACAGGAUUUGGUAUCAGCAUUACUGGGGACAUGCUUGAUUGAAGACAGGUAUCAGAACAGAAAUUUAGAGCAGAUCCAGAAGACACAGCGACAGAGCCUCCUUGCUGCCAGCUGUUUUUAGAGAACGGAAAAAAAUGAUCCAGGCCCAGGAAACCCUGACGUUUGACGAUGUGACUGUGGACUUCACGUGGGAGGAGUGGCAGCUCCUGACCCCUCCUCAGAAGGACCUGUACCAAGAGGUGAUGCUGGAGAACUAUAGCAACCUGCUGUCUGUGGGUUAUCAAGCCAGAAAGCCAGACAUACUCUCUAAUUUGGAUCACGGAGAACCAUGGACGAUGGAAAAUGGAAUCCACUGUCGAACCCAUUCAGGGUAUCAAGCCAGCAAACCAGAUGUUGUCUCCAGGUUGGAACGAGGAAGAUGGCCAGUAGAAGAUGACUGCCACAGUCGAAUCUGUCCAGAAAUCAGGAAAGUUGAUGACCUUCUGCAGCAUCACUUGACAAAUCACAGCAUUCAAAAUACUGUGGAACAAUGCUGCGAACAUAAUACACUUGCAAAUAUUGUUAAUCAGAGCGAAAGUCAUUUCCUGUUAAAGCAAAAUUGUGAUAUGUUUGACUUAACUGAAAAACCUUUAAAAUCAAAUAUAAGUUUUGAAAACCAGAAGAGAAGCUGUAACUUAAAGAACUCUGCUGAGUUUAAUGGAGAUGGGAAAUCCCUUCUCCAUGCUAACCAUGAGCAAUCUUUUACUGAAAUUAAAUUUCCUGUAAGUGCAAAACCCAUCAGCAAUAACUCCCUGUCUAUUAAGCAACAGAGAACUCACAACAUAGAGAAGGCCCAUGUAUGCAGUGAGUGUGGGAAAGCCUUCUUCAAGAUGUCUCAGCUCUUUGAUCAUCAGAGAGUUCAUACUAGAGAAAAGCCUCAUGGAUGCAGUCUCUGUGGGAAAGCCUUCUCCAGAAAAUCCAGGCUCACUGAACAUCAGAGAACUCAUACAGGACUGAAACAUUAUGAGUGCACUGAAUGCAAUAAAACCUUCUUCAAGAAAUCGCAGUUCAAUAAACAUCAGAAAAGUCAUAUGGGAGAGAAACCUUACACAUGUAGUGAAUGUGGGAAAGCAUUCACCACAAAGUGUCUGCUCAUUUAUCAUCAGCGAACUCAUACAGGAGAGAAGCCCCAUGGAUGCAGUCUGUGUGGAAAAGCCUUCUCUACAAAGUUCAGUCUCACUACACAUCAGAAAACUCAUACAGGAGAGAAACCUUACAUAUGCAGUGAAUGUGGAAAAGGCUUCAUCGAGAAGAGGCGUCUUAUUGCACACUGUCGAACUCAUACUGGUGAGAAACCCUUUGUAUGCAGUGAAUGUGGGAAAAGUUUCACCUUGAAGAAGAGUCUUAUUCCACAUCAGCGAACUCAUACUGGAGAGAAACCCUAUACAUGCAAUGAUUGUGGAAAAGGCUUCACCUUGAAGAACCCUCUCAUCAGACAUCAGCGAACUCAUACAGGAGAGAAACCCUAUGUAUGUAGUGUAUGUGGAAAAGGCUUCACCAUGAAGGGUGAUCUCGUUGUACAUCAGCGAACUCAUAUUGCAGAGAAGCCAUUUAUAUGCAGUGACUGUGGAAAAGGCUUCACUGUGAAGAGCCAACUGAUUGUACAUGAGCGAACUCAUACCGGAGAGAAACCCUACGUGUGCAGUGAAUGCGGAAAAGGCUUUCCAGCCAAGGCCCGGCUGAUUGGACAUCAGCGAACACACACAGGAGAGAAACCCUAUGUAUGCAGUGAUUGUGGAAAAGGCUUCAUUCAGAAGGGCAAUCUCAUUGUACAUCAGCGAACUCACACAGGAGAGAAACCCUAUGUAUGCAAUGAAUGUGGCAAAGGCUUAUCCGCGAAAAGGAAGCUCGUUGCACAUCUGCGAACUCAUACUGGAGAGAAACCAUAUAUAUGCAGUGAAUGUGGCAAGGGCUUCACCGUGAAGAGUACUCUUGGUACACAUCAGCAAACUCACACGGGAGAGAAACCGUACAAAUGCAACGAGUGUGGUAAAGCCUUUAGGAAGAAGACAUGCCUCAUACGACAUGAGAGAUUUCACUCAGGAAAGAUCUUUGCAUGUACUGAAUGUGGAAAAUUCUCUUUGUGCAAAAAUGAUCUCAUUACCCAUCAGAGAAUUCACACAGGAGAGAAGCCAUAUGAAUGCAGUGAAUGUGGGAAAACCUUCACCACAAAGUCAGGGCUCAGUGUUCACCAAAGAAAACAUACAGAAGAGAGGCCCUAUGGAUGCAGUGAGUGUGAGAAAGCUUUUGCCCACUUGUCAAUCCUUGAUAAACAUAAGAGAAUUCACAGGUAGUCACUUUGGGGAAGCCUGUUGCCGGUUGUAGACCCUCAAGGUAAUAGUAUGCAGAGAAGAAUCACAAUGCAAAGAAUGUGGUAUUAUCUUUAGUGAUCAAGUACCUCAUAUUUUAUAUUGAUGAAAAAAUUUACAAAACUACUCGGAUACAAUCAGCCUUGGUGAAAAUAUUUUAGGACAUUCUAUGUCUAAAAAGUAUAUACUGAGAUAAAGCCUAUGAGUGUGAAAGACUAGGAAAGCCUUCAGUGGAAAUAAACCCUAUCAUAUGUGAUCAUCAUAGAACAUGAAUGAAUGAAUGUUUCUAAUUGGUAGAAGUAUAAUUGUGGAAGAGCCUUUGUCCAGAAGUAAUACCUCAACAGAUGUCAGUUAUCACUAGAGAAAUACUUUCCUGUGGCAAUGAAUAUAGCAGGGUUUGCAGCAGUAAAUAUUGCUUUAUCAUUUGCCAGGAUAUCUGUGCAGAAACCCAUUCUAUAUGGUGGACGUUAACAAAAUAUCAGACAACUUAAUGAAGGAAAGAAGCCUUGGGGAAAUGAUUAAUGAGAGCACUCUGUUACCAGUCUUAAGGGAUACUACACCUCACAAGCAACUGAAGGAUACCUUCAGCCAUAUUUCUAGUUUCCUUGUCAUUGAUCUUAUAAAUUUUACAUAGUGGCAGUUACUCUCAACAUGGAUUGAAUUUUCAUUAUUUAACUUUUGCAUUUCUUUGGUUCCAAGUUUGUGUUAUUUCAGAAUAUUUGAAGUACUUCAAAAUGAAAAAUGUACUCAUUUCUUAAGUAUAACAACAGAUCUGGAUGUGUUUAACCAAGUUUGUAAGUACCAUCAGGGGGUUUAUAAAAUUAAUAUAAAUGUGAUGUUUUUAUAACUUUUAAUUUUGAAGUAAGUUUAGAAUCACAAAAACAAAUAUUCCAGAGAUUUCCUAAAUGCCCUUCAGCCCACUACUCCCAAAGGUAAAAUCUUAUAAUAACCGUAAAAUCUUAUAAUAACCACACAGUUUACUGUGUGGUUAUAUAAGGUCAAAUAGAGGAAAGUGAAAUUGUUACAGUGCUGUUAACUACAGGGUUUAUUUCGAUUGCACCAGUUUUAACAUGUAGUAGUUUUUGUUUGGUUUUUAUAUAUCUCCUUAAGAAACUUCAUCACAUAUGUAGGUUCCUGUAACCAACACCCCACUAAAAAUUUAGAAUGCUUUGUCAACAUAAACUCCCUCAUGCUACAUCCUCAUAGUCACAUCCUUUCCCCGACACUAACCCUUGGCAUCACAGAUCUUUUUGUAUCCAUAAUUUUGUCAUUUAUAGAAUAUUAGAAAAAUAGGGCCUCCCUGGUGGCGCAGUGGUUGAGAGUCCGCCUGCUGAUGCAGGGGACAAGGGUUCGUGCCCCAUUCCGGGAAGAUCCCACAUGCCGCGGAGCAGCUGGGCCCAUGAGCCAUGGCCGCUGAGCCUGCGCGUCCGGAGCCUGUGCUCUGCAACGGGAGAGGCCACAGCAGUGAGAGGCCCGCAUACUGCAAAAAAAAAAAAAAAAAAAAAAAUCAUUUAGGAUGUAUCCUUUUGAGGUUGACUGACCUUGUGAAAUUGUAGAAAAUAGACAUAUUGGUCUCUGCCCCUAGUUUCUGGCACAGAGCUUCUGAAACCCUUGUAAAUUUCUACAUAAGAGUGUGUGGAGCAUCUCUUACUCUAUUGAUGUGAUUCUGGGUGGGCUUCUGGAUGGGGGUUGGUCAACAGAGAGAUCCAGCCAUGAUUAGAAGCUUGGAAUUUUCAGCCCACUCCCCAUCUUCCAGAGAAGGGAGAGGGGCUAGAACUGGAGUUACUAAUUAAUCAUGCCUAUGUAAGGAAGUCUCCAUAAAAUCCCAAUAGUAGGAAUUUUGGAGAGCUUCUACAUCAGUGAACACAUUCAGGUAUGGGGAGAGUAACACACCACAGCACAGGACAGAAGCUCCUGUGCUUGGGACCCUCCCACAUCUCGCCCUAUUUUUGUCAGUUAGCUGUUCAUCUGUAUCCUUUAUCAUAUACUUUAAUAAACUGAUAAACGCAA